AUGGUUCGACCGCCUGCUAAGUCUAAAGGUCCUAAAGUGACCCGUUUGCCACUCUCCAAGUUCUCCCACACAACCACAACCAUCGACCACAGCGGCCCAUUGUCCUGGACCCAUGUGAAUGAUGCUCAACAGCUCACAUGUGUUUUAGAACAAUCUUCUACAUGUCCAUCAACCAUUCCAAGGCUAUUGAUGCGGGUAUCUCAAAACAAUAUGAUUCUGGAGCAACUGGAUCUAUCACACUUUAUCCAGCGUUCAGCAGCUCAGAGUCAUUCAGCCCAAGGUGCAUCGCAGGCAAAACCCCCUUUUGCAGUUGUAGUUAAAUCACCCUGUCUGGCUGUGAAAUACCCUCAAACUGCUACGCACAUCCGUCGCUUUCAGAUAAAGUUCUCGCGAAAUACCGAUUACUUUACAGCCCUUGCUUUUCUCAGUGAAUACAAUUGCCCAUUUACAGAAGGAAGCACAGCAAUAACAGCACAACCACUGCGAAGGCUGCCUACCUCCUCAUCUUUGGCCUCAUUUCAAGCACCGACGAUUACCUCAAAGGCUGCAAGCACUACAGCCCCUUCAGAAGAUGGGGCCGCUGUCACUCUCCUUCCGAUGUCAGGGUAUAUGCCCUGUGGAAUACCAACUCCUCACCCCCCAUCUUCAACCACAAGCACAGUCUACAAUUUAGCUUCCCACAAUGUGCCGCCUCAAAACACAGAUCAAUAUCAAAAUACAAGCUCUGGGCAGACAAAUUUGCAGCUCACUAUAACAGGUUCGGAUGUCAGAGCCCCACAGAAAGUCAAUACUCGUACUUCAACUGCACCAGCCUAUCACGGCAACCAACUCGAUGAAAUGCUACCGCCAAAAAGAGCCCUCCCCUUCUUGAAGCCAGCUCAGAAAGCACCACUUAGAGAAAGAUCUAAUGUCUCCGACAUCUCGCAAUACGCACAGUCAGAGGGACAGUUGAAUGGCUCUUCUAGAAAUACACAGCUACUCCCAUUUACAAAAAAUCAGACAUUACUCCGGUACGAUUCGGAGCUCGUUGACUCGCAGUCCUACUCACCAGCUCCAACGCAGCCAUACCCAGAUCCCCCUCCUUCUUCACAAAGAGAGGUUCCCCAUUUAUCCGAACAUUCUCUCCCUGAGACUGCAGAGCAACCCCAUGGUGUCUAUGAGGCUCAGAUGAAUAUAUCUACUGAUAGACCCCGUGAAAAUGAAAAGACUUUGGAGGCUACUCAUACUGCUCAGAGCAAAGGGAUACAACCGGCGGCAAUUUCUGCUGAACAAUUGUCGACUUAUCUGUCUACGCCGACGCCAGAAAGGAUUGAAUUGCUGGAGAACUGGAUGUGCGAAUUGAUCGAAGAUGAUAAGUUCAUGGAGUUGUGUCAGGAUGUUGAGGCAACAUGGAAGCGAUUCGCAUUUGGGGCCAGGGAGUAG